AUGUUUGAUUCUGCUGUUCCUGGAUUGAGGGCUAAAAGAAUUCAGGUAUUCAUUUGCUGCUUUAUGCAAUACGCUAUGUUACAUUCAUGUAGAUCAACAUGGAGUUUCACAAGUGGUAUUUUGGCAAAACAAGAUGAUCACGAACAUGAUGAUGAAAAAAUUGAUGACUUCGACAAAAAGUACUUGGGCUAUAUAAAUUUUUCGUUCCUUUUUGUGUAUGGAUCGUCGAUGCUUUUUCUUGGUCAAAUUGGAGAUAGAAUAGGUCCAAAACUAUUUAUGUUAUGCGGAACAUUUUCUACAGGAAUCAUAUAAUUCAUGAUAGCUGCCUUGUUGCCAAUUGAGAAACAUAAUCGAUGGCUAUUGCUUGUUCUUUAAAUAUUGAAUGGUAUUUCUUAAGCUCCCGCUUGGCCAGGAUUGAUGGCUAUAAUGAACAAUUGGCAGAGUAAACCAAAUAAAGUCAUAGUGAUGGGGUAUUUCGCAGCUUGCACAAACGUGGGUAAUAUCUUGGGAGACCUGUUUGCUGCCCUCCUAAUUGAAUAACUAGGCAUGAGUGUUAUGGCUCCUAUUUAUGUAUCUGCAAUUGGUGUUUUAAUAAUGUCAAUUAUCAACAUCUAUAUGAUUGAAGCUAGUUCAGCCAAAGAAUACAUAGCUUAAUUUAAAAAUCCAUUGACAAAAUCAUUAGUUUAUAAAUAGGCUCAUGACGAAUACAUGAGCAGAGCUGCAUCAGUAGUUUCCGUCUCAGAAUAAUCAUUUGUCACAGAUUUAAGCUAAACUCUCUUGACUGUGGAUAGAGACUCUCAAUUGAAUCCCCACAUCCCUCCCAAGCCAAAGAAGAACAAGAAAGACAGCAUCAACAUGAUUUCAGCUUGGAAAUUGCCAAAUGUUGCUUUAUACGCUUUCGCAUUCGGUUGUAUAAAGGCUGUCUUCUACAUCCUUGCAUUCUGGCUACCUUCAUAUCUGAGGGGGGAAAACCUGGAAGGAGUUGCUUGGAUCACCCAAAUGAUUGAAUGGGGUACGAUCCCAGGGGGUAUCUUGAUAUGUUAUGCAGGAGUCCAUUGGAAUCUAAGGGCUAGUCUUAUUGUGCCUUCAUUGUGGGUUGGAACAGUAGUUAUGGUCAGCAUAAACUUUUUAUCGAAAUUGGAACAGCCUUAUGCUCUCUACUAUAUUUUAGUAUUUUUGACAGGCUUGAUGAUUGGAGGUGUGUAUAAUAAUGUGUCAGGUGCCAUUGUGAUUGAACUGAGUAAUAUGAAAGAAUUGAAAGGAAACAAGAAAUCUACGGCUACGGUUACUUCAGUCGUCAUGGGAUAUGGUGCAGUGUUUGCAGCAAUAAAUCAAUUGAUUGUACCAUAUUUAGAAUCGAUUCUUUUUUUAUAUUGCAGUCUCAAUGCAAUUGUGGCCGGCUGCUUCCUCAUUCCCUUAAUUAUAAACGAAUACAAAAGAUAUAAGGAACAGAAAUUAAAAGUUGGCGAUGCAAAAAUAUUUGUAUUCACAUUAGCCUUCCUUCAAUAUGUGUGUCUACAUUGUUGUAGAUCCACAUGGAGUUAUGUGUCUGGGAGAAUGGCAUAACCAGGACCUGACAAUUACUUUAGCAGUCAGUAUUUGGGAUACAUCAAUUUCGCCUUUUUAAUGAGCUACGGCUUGUCAGUUUCAGCGAUAGGACAAUUGGGAGAUAGAAUGAAUUUAAAAUUUUUUGUAUUAAUCGGAGCAUUUUCAACAUGCCUAAUAUUUUGUAGUAUCGGAUUCUUUCUCCACUAUGAGUACAAGCAUCCCUACUUGUUCAUGAUCCUAUAGAUUCUCAACGGCAUUUCACAAUCAACCGAAUGGUCAGGUCUCUUGGCGAUCUUAAACAAUUGGUAUACGGGAUAAAAUAAAAUCUUAAUCUUGGGAUAUUUCUCAGCCUCCCCAUGUGUUGGAAACAUCCUAGGAGAUCUCUAUUCAGGUUCAUUGAUCGGAAAACAUGACUUGCCAUACUAUGCUCCAAUAUACAUGGCAGGAUUCUCCUUGUUUACCAUUUCCAUAAUCAACCUUUUUGCUCUACAACGAGCCCCACUUCCCAAUGAAACUGAAGAAUUGAUUGAACACCAAGAAUCCAUGUCAAUCUCUUUAGAACCAAUACUGCAAAUUUAAAAAGAGAAUAGCAGUGAUUCUGGAGAGUAUUCAUUACCAAGUUCGCAUUUCCACAAAGAAUCAGAACAACUAUCAUUAUCGUAUGUCGAUGCUUGGUUUGUACCCAAUGUGGCUCUUUAUGCUUUUGCUUUUGGAUGCAUUAAAUCUGUAUACUACAUCCUUGGAUUUUGGUUGCCUGAGUAUUUAAACAGAAAUAAAGUGCCGGAUGUUGCCUGGAUUACAGCUAUGACUGAUAUUGGUGCUGCUCCAGGAGGAAUAAUUAUUUGGUAUCAAUAAUAACUACAUAGCCUAAUAGGAUAUUAUUCUAAUAAAAGAGCCAUAAUACAAGUGCCAAGUCUAUGGAUAGGAACUAUUGUUAUGAUCAUCAUUAAUUAUGCUGAUGAUUUGGCUCUUUUUGGUUACUUAAUUCUUGUGUUCAUUAUUGGAUUUCUGAUUGGAGGGACAUAUAAUAACAUUGCUGCCUUGAUAACUGUCGAACUGAGUAAUCAAGAUCAACUGAAACAUAAUAAAAAAGCUACAGCAACCAUUGUGUCACUUAUUAUCGGUUAUGCAUCUGCAUUUUCAGCUAUUAAUCAAUUGAUUGUCCCUCUUGUUAAUGAUGCCUUAUUUCUAUAUUGCGGCAUCAUGUCAGUGAUUGGUGGAAUAUUCUUGUCUCCUUUAUUGAUAAAAGAAAUCAAAGGUAAAUGA